ACUGGCUCUACAAGAGGAGGGGAGGGGCUUGUGCUUGUCUGAUUGCCUCAGUGCUGCACGAAGAAGAAGUAGACGAGCAGCAGCAAGAACAGCAGCAAUCUUGACGGGCUAGUCGAUCGGGAUACCCACAGUUCGUUCAGCCGUGACACCGGCGUGCGUCCUCUGCUGCUUCCUUCCGCCUCCGGUGAGGUAGGUUUCUUCCUUCUCUUCCUGCGCCGAGAUGGCGCCCGCCGCAAUGGCGUGGCCGUCCACUUCCUGCGCCGCCCUCAAGCCUCUCGCCGCCGCCCCGCACCACCGCCACCGCCGCCAUGCCUGCCUCGCCACCAACCAGGCGGCCGUGCCCCUCCGCUCCGGCUUCCUUGGGCGCGCGCUGGUUGCCCGGCCGCGGCCGCGGCCGGUGGUCGCCGCCGAGAGGCCGAGCCGCGGCGGCGUCUCCGUGCGGGUGUCCUGGGAAGGGCCCCUCUCCUCGGUGCGCCUCAUCAUGCAGGGCCGCAACAUCAAGCUGACCGACAAUCUGAAGGAGCACAUCGAGGACAAGGUGGGGAGGGCGGUGGCGAAGCACAGCCACCUGGUCCGCGAGGUGGACGUCCGGCUGUCCGCCCGCGGCGGCGAGCUCAGCCGGGGCCCCAAGACGUCGCGGUGCGAGAUCACGCUCUUCACGAAGCGGCACGGCGUGGUGCGCGCCGAGGAGGACUCGGAGUCCAGCUACGGCAGCAUCGACCUCUCCUCCGGCAUCAUCAAGAGGAAGCUCAGGAAGAUCAAGGAGAAGGAGACCGACGUCCGCCACCUCAAGGGGACCAAGGAGUGGAGGCCGGCCACGCCGCUGGACGUCGGCGACCUCUCUGACGUGGAGGAGGAGGCCGACGCCGUCGCCGACGCCGACGACGAGGAGCAGAUCGAUCUGGAGGAGGCCAUCGGCGCCGAGGACGAGGAGACGACGGUCACCAAGGUGGUGCGCACCAAGGUGUUCGAGAUGCCGCCGCUGUCGGUGGAGGAGGCGAUAGAACAGCUGGAGAACGUGGACCACAACUUCUACGCCUUCAGGGAAGAGAAGACGGGCGAGAUGAACAUCGUGUACAGGAGGGACGCUGGGGGCUACGGCCUCAUCAUACCCAAGGGCGAUGGCCAUGUCCAGAAGACCACCAUUCCCAAGCAGCAGCAGCAGCAGCACUCCCUUGCUGGCUAGCCUAGCCUAGCUCAUCGAUCGAUCUCUCCCAAACCUGCAAGUGUAUUAUCAUAAUCAUCGUCGUCGUCAUCUGAUGUUUGCUAAUUAAUCAUGUGAAACUGCUAACGCUGUCCAUGCCAGGAGUGUCCAAUGUGCAAGUGGUUUUGAGAGAUAAUAGUCCCGGAUUUUACAGCGAUGGCAGCUUUGUUUAACCAGCUUAUUUUUGGUAUAUUAUGAGUAUGCUAUUUGCUACUA